AUGAUAAUUUAGCAUCACCAAAUUCUGAUAAGGUUUUUACAUCAAACCAAAACACACUUCAAAGUCAAACAGUAAAAUAAUUUUAUUAGCCUAGAUAUUCAGACAUGGAUUUAAUAAAAAAAAACAUUUCAGUAUAGAAACAUUAACAAAGGUUUUUAGAUGCUUUAUGAUGUAUGAUUAUAAUAAAAAAUUCUUUUUCAUGUUUACAAGAAGAGGAUUUCCUAUUGGCAAAACAUGGUCAAAAGAAAGAAACAAAUUUGAGAAAGAAAUAAGGAAGAAAUACUUAGAUCCCGAUGAUCCUUAAGCAAAACCAUAGGAACCACCUUUGAGUUUCAAAUAUAAAGGUAACUUUUGGGUUUAUUAAGCUAAAUAUAAUAAAGCAGCAAGUAACAUUGUUAAUUGAUUUUUAGAAUGUUAUUUUAUACUACUAUCAAGAUUUGGUGAAAAAGAAGAUUUCUAGAGAUUUAAACAAUAUAAAUGA